AUGAACCUCAACUUCACCUCGCACGCGGUCCACUCGGUGUCCUCCCAGAGGCCGACCUCCUUCUUCAUCGAGGACAUCCUGCUCCACAAGCCCAAGCCCCUUCGGGAGGUGGUCCCCGAGCACUUCCACAGCCCCCUGGCCUCCCGGGUGCCUCUCCUGGAUUAUGGGUACCCUCUGAUGCCAGCCCCUACCCUCCUGGCACCCCACCCGCACCACCCGCUCCACAAGCCGGAGCACCACCACCCUUAUUUCCUGACCGCCUCAGGGGUGCCGGUGCCUGCCCUCUUCCAGCCCCACCCGCACGCCGAGCUGCCGGGUAAGCACUGCCGCCGCCGCAAGGCCCGCACAGUCUUCUCCGACUCGCAGCUCUCGGGCCUGGAGAAGCGCUUCGAGAUCCAGCGCUACCUGUCCACGCCGGAGCGCGUCGAGCUGGCCACGGCGCUCAGCCUCUCCGAGACCCAGGUGAAGACGUGGUUCCAGAACAGGCGGAUGAAGCACAAAAAGCAGCUGCGGAAGAGCCAGGACGACCCCAAAGCGCCGGGCGGGGAGGAGGGCGGCGAGCAGGGAGGCAGCGAGCCGGAGCCCGAGCCCUCGGACAAAGGCCGCGCCGCCCCCGCCGCCCCCGAGCCCCGCAAGGCAGGCCACCCGCCCGCCUUCCUCCUGGAGGAGGCCGAAGACGAGGUGGACAUCGUCGAGGGGGGAGAGCUGUGCGGCCCCCAGCACCUCCUGUAG